AUGGCAAGGCCAACGGUGUACAUUGUUUUCGCUCAAAUCUUCCUCGUUACGUUAUUUCAUCUUGGUAUGAGCUCUCAAACUAAAGAAUGCACCAGCACCGUGUCUCUCACCCCUCAGUUUUACGACAAAUCGUGCCCCAAAGCACAAGCCAUUGUCCAGUCUUUCGUCGCCAAAGCAUACUCGGACGACCCACGCAUGGCAGCCUCAUUGCUUAGGCUUCAUUUCCAUGACUGCUUCGCCAAUGGAUGUGAUGGUUCUCUAUUAUUAGACAGUACCGGAACCAUGGAAAGCGAGAAACGAUCAAUCUCAAACGUAGACUCUGCUCGAGGGUUUGAAAUCAUCGACGAUAUCAAGUCUUCCUUGGAAAAUGAAUGUCCUCAAACAGUUUCUUGCGCUGAUAUUUUGGCUCUCGUUGCUAAAGACGCUACUGUUAUGACUGGUGGUCCGAGUUGGAAAGUAUAUUUAGGAAGAAGAGACGCAAGAGAAGCAAACUUGAUUGCUUCUAACAACAACAUUCCUAUUGCCAGCUCCACGUUUCAAACAAUUGUCACCAAGUUCAACGACCAAGGACUCGAUCUCACGGAUCUUGUUGCUCUCUUAGGAGGUCAUACGAUAGGAAACUCGAGGUGCAAAAGUUUCAGAAUGAGGCUAUACAACCAUUCUGGAAACAGCGAUCUCGACCAGACAUUGAAUAAAAACUACGCCUCUGUGUUGCAGCAGGGAUGUCCAAGCUCCGGUGGCGACCAGAACCUUUUUGCUCUCGACUAUGUGACGCCGAAUAAGUUUGACAACCAAUACUUCAAGAACCUGAUGACGUUUAAAGGACUCUUGAGCUCUGAUGAGGUUUUAUACACGAAGAGUCAAGACUCGCAGAAGCUGGUCAAGCUUUACGGAGCUAAUGAGGAAUUGUUCUUUCAGCAGUUCGCAAAGUCAAUGGUGAAGAUGGGAAACAUCUCACCGUUGACCGGGACAAAUGGUGAGAUCCGGAGGAUCUGCCGGAGAGUUAACAAUUAA